AAUGGACAGUGCAACGAGAUCUCUCCAAUGUUCUUCGCAACCUCCGGCGCGAAGAUCCUUAGCAUUCCAUCUACCAGCUACGAUGAAAGUGCCAGUGAACCCAGUGAUCACCCUUCUCGCACCCAGUCACUAGUUUGCCUGAAAGCCUGCCAUGACACCGGGCUUUUCGCUGCUAUUUCCCGCGAUACAAUUUACUUGUGGUCCACUAGAGUAUGUUCUGCAAUAAGCACUAUUUAUCCUUGAAGGUCGAGCACGGGUGGCAAAAGAGCGCGUUUGCCACGGCGGAUAUUGGAUUCUACGACCCACUAUCUUUAUGAUACUUUGUUCGGCCCAUUGACAUAUCUUAUCUGCAGCCCGCCGUACUUCUCUCGCUGGUGAAACGCUCGGACGCUACGGUUCUAGAAGAUGGCGAGAAUGUGGACUUGAUUUGGAAGCCAGACGGGACGGCGCUUGUUGUCGUGGUACGCAUUUUUGAGAUUGAGCUUGUUGGUAGACGUGAACUUGGGACUUGCCUAGUAAUAUAUCAUCUGGAUUAUACUUGUUACAUUACAUGCGAACCUCAGACAAAUAAAGGAUUCUUGCAUUUCUACGACGUCCACGGUAUCAAUAGCAAAUUGUACGAGUUCCAGUUCUCUGUGCCACACCAUUAUCUCACCGGCCCGGGGGAGGGACGCGGAAUUCCAAGCAAAGCGCUACGCUUCAAAAUGGCAUUAGAUAUUGAUACCGGAGUUCAAUGUGGGAUAGGGUUGAAAAACGAGCUGAUCCUCUGUACUCAACGAUCGCCCUCCUUACUUUCUCUCUCGUGGAAUGGCGAAGUGAAUCUGGCGGGAACUGUUUCAUUACUGGACUUGGACUUCUAUGAAGAUGGAGGAGACGGUUUGGCGCAAAUAGUAGCCAAUGCAUCAAUGGAUCUCUUUGCAUGGGUAACAGUAACGGGCAACGCGUACUUGGCUCAGCGGGGAAAAGGUGUCCGCAACACACCUGGAAGUAAAGGUGUAAUGUCAACUUGGUCCGGCCUACGCUUCUACGGUGGAGAAGAAAAUGAUGCAAGGUCUACAUACGUUGCGAUCAACUCUCUGUUCCAUCUGGUUGCAGUUGGAACAACCACUGGUGAAGUGCAUGUCUUUUCUCUGACGGAAGACCGAUCCGAGCUACGCUUUUCCCAUAAAUGCACUGUAGAAUCGGCUGGAGGCGGUUACGGAUCAGUUCAAUUGGGUGCAGUGAGUGCAUUGCACUGGUCACGAGAUGGUUAUGCAUUAGCAGUUGGGUGGAUCAUUGGUGGCUUGUCAGUGUGGAGUACCUUUGGACACCUGUUGAUGUGCACGGUCUCAGAGGAUGUUCUUGCUCAGCAAGUAGAGGAUAGUAGUGAUGCAUCAAUGGAGCAGUAUUUCUCAGGCGUUAGAGAUCUGUUUUGGGGGAUCGGAAGCUAUGAGCUCCAUGUUCUUCCUGUUGAGAUCUUCAGCCAUGAUCCCAUCACAGAGAUAUCGGUCUUGCAGUUUGCAAAGUCUGCCCUCGCUUGUUCCAAUAUUCAGGACAACAGUCGAUGUAUAAUCCUUGUCCAGGAUGAUAAACUUCUGCUAUACGAGGGCAAUUACUGGGACUUUGAUGUUAUGAAUCUGGAUAUGCCGCAGUGGGACACAAUACAGAUACCGACAAUGUAUAUCACUCAAAAUUGGCCAAUUAAGCAUACAUCAAUCAACUCUACUGGACACUACGUGGCCAUCGCAGGAACCAAAGGUUUGGCACAUUACAGCGCGGUUUCCAAUCGAUGGAAGCUGUUUGGAAAUGAGCAGCAGGAGCAAAGUUUCACGGUCACCGGGGGAAUGCUCUGGUAUCGAGAUAUUCUCAUUGUAGCAUGUCAAGAUCUUGACACGCAGAAUCAUGAGCUGCGCUUCUUCUCCCGUGAAACCAACUUGUCCUCUACACUUGCACUCCACACUGAGCGGUUGCCGCGGUGCAUUGUAGCCAUGAACUGUCUAGAUGCGAAUUUGCUUAUAUAUGCUGCCGAUAAUGUGAUGCGAUUUUACUCAAUCACAACAGAAUCUGAACGUGUAAGGUUGGCCCUUCAACAGCAAAUAUCCCUGGAAGGAGUUAUAAUGAAUCCGUCCUCAGUCCAAAGCAUUUCGUGGUAUUCACCGGCUGGUGAAGGGACGGUUGAGGAUAUCAUACAUGCACCGGUGGUCAUUUUGAGCUGCGGAGAGCUCAGCAUUCUGCGCGAAUUGUGGGAUGGUGGAUGGGAAAUGAUUGGGCUCUCAGACAAGAUCGAGUUCUUCUGGGUGUCCAGGCAUCAAGAUCGCGUUGGUGACUUGGUGAAUUCCCUCUGGGCAUAUGAUGCCUCCGGUUUCAAGAUCUGGGUUAACCUAAAUCUCACGAGUGAUGAAACAUCCGCCCUGGUGCCGAAAGAAAACCUCACCGAAUCCCUACAACUCCAUGUGGACUUUUACCCCCUCACCAUAAUGAUGCACCGGGGAAUAAUAGCCGGUGUCAAUCAGCGCAUGACAGUAAGAACAGCGAUGAAUUGCACUCUAUACAGGCUUGACCUUAGGACGCAUCUAUUUUUGCACACAAUGAUCCGCUACAUGCUGAGCCAAGGGUCAGAAAAAGAGGCAAUCACAUUUGCGGACUAUUAUCGACACUUGGCGUAUUUUGAUCACGCGUUGGAGGUACUUUUGCAUCAAGUCUUGGAAAUUGAAGCCGAAACAUAUGCUGGCUUUUCUCCAGAUGCCAUUCUACCUCGCGUGAUUCGUUUCUUGGAGCAUUUUCCUGAUUACUUGGAUAUAAUUGUCCAGUGCGCACGGAAGACGGAAGUUGCACUAUGGGAGUAUUUUUUUUCGAUUGCAGGGGACCCUAAGGAACUAUUUAAGAAAUCUCUUGAGAACGGUUUUCUGAAAACGGCGACAUCUUAUUUAAUCAUAAUCCAAACUUUGGAACCCGCGACAGUCAGUGGGAAGCUGGCAGUGGACCUGUUAGAGCGAGCGUUUGAAUUAGAGGACUUUGAGACGGGCAAGGAGCUUGUGCGAUUUUUAACGUCCAUCGACGGAGCGGAAGGAGAGAUUUAUCGAGAUAUUAUUCGAUCAAAUAGCAAUUUUGCGGCUUUCGAUAACAGCCAGUCAAAGACUACCGAUCAAACGCAAAAAUCCAACGCCACAGAUGAAGCGAGAAUGAGCGACUCCUUCUAUCUGGAGAUCCUUAUUAGCAAGCACGCGCGGCAACUGUUGAGGAAGUAUCGACUGAGAGCCUUCGGUCGAUUUGCCGUAGCCCUAGAUUUCUCGAUGGAGGUAUGGUUGGAAAAGGAACGGAAUCGAGCUGCUUUGAUAGACGAUAUGCCAAUGGCUUUUGCUUCAAUACAUGAGCAAUUUCAAUGGCCUUGGCCAAAUGACAUGAAACAGAUUCAGGCAAUCGUCAAAGCCAGUUCCGAUCCGCAGACUACUAUUCGUCGGAAAACGUAUGCCUACGCGGAUGGCACAUUUGCACGAGCACUUGACGGGGGUGCUACUGAAGCCGGACGUUUACAGUCGCGGGACGACAGCGAUCCGGCUCUGAGCGCCUCAACACAGAUGCUGCGCAGGAGAGCUAAGACGACUUUCUCUCCCACGAAGAGCGGAAUGUCGGGCAUUCAUCCAGGUGGACUUUCAAAACCCGAAGUCUCUGAAAUUUGGGUAUUACUCCAAGCCACCCUGAAAUCCGGUUGUAGACAGUGGGCGAUUCUGCUCGCCAGCAUGCUCAUGGACUUGAACAUUUUACGUGAUCUUUUGAAGGACGAAGAAGGACGCACUCUACUUGGAACUUGGAGGGCUCUCAUGUUAGGCACCAAUUGCCGCGGUUAUCGUCAAUUGUUGAAAGCAAUGGAAGACAAUGUUGGCGAGGAGGAAACAGAGUCCCAAGCGGUCACUGAUUAGUUUACUGGGAAUUGAUAUAUUGGCCGUAGUUCAUCAAUGAUCGUUGUUAAAUAGUACACUAAUUAAUACUUGUCGGUCAUUGAUCGACUUGCUCAGAACUCAAA